CGGCUCCCGUCGUUCACUUCAAAGAGCCGGCUCUAUGUGCCGUUUCGUUCGUGACCGACACAUCACUAGAACCCGUCCCUGCAUACAGGCUGCCGCUGGAAGCUGUUUUCCUGAGUAAUUUUUUUCAGACUUCGGUUUAAACAGAUUUGGGAAAUGGCAGAUGAGCUCGCCAGAGUGAGGAGAAAAUUUGUGGACAAAGUGUCCAAAGUACUGAUUAAGCAGCUCCUGGACGACCUUUUAGACGAUGGCGUCUUGAAUGAUGGCCAGAAAGACUCAAUAGUUGAGGAGUACAGCACCACAGCAGACAAGGCACGCGUUCUCAUCGACACAGUGAAGAAGAAAGGAGACGAAGCCAGCAGGAAGCUGAUUGCUCACAUUCACAGCAGAGAUUCAACACUGUACUCUGAGCUGGGCCUGUCCUGUGUUCAACCUGCUCAGCCCGCUGCAGUGCGACUGAGUGAGCAGGAAUGGUCGAUCACCCUCAACCCUGCCACUGAGUCAUUCUGGAUGGACAAAGUGAAAGAUAACAAUGUUUACCCUGUGGACAAAAAAUCCAUUAAGAACCGUGUGGCCCUGCUGAUCACUAAUAUAAAGUUUACUGAUGAGAAGUUGAACAGAAAUGGAGCUGACAAGGACGAGGAGAACAUGGAGAAACUGCUCACGGCUUUGAAAUAUGAGGUGGUGAAAUACACAAACCUCACAGGAAAGGCGAUUGAUGAUGCUAUACUUAAGUUCUCUAAACAUCCGAAACUCAAAGAGACAGAUAGUGUGAUAGUGGUCAUCAUGUCUCAUGGGAAACUGGGAAAAGUCCUCGGUGUCGACUGGAAAAAGGGUGAUGAGAAACCAGAUGAGUUCCUCAUCGACAACAUUUACAAACACUUGGGAUCAGAGAAAUGUCCAGCGCUGCUGGACAAACCCAAGAUCAUCAUCAUCCAGGCGUGCAGAGGAGAGGAGGAAGGAUCAGCAUUUGUUAGAGAUGUGGUCAGUGAUGAUGCGUCACAGUCAAAUCUGCCCCCGCCUGCUGAUGAAGACAACUUAGAGGCUGAUACGGUGAAAUGUGUUCACAAAGAAAAAGACUUCACUGCUCUUCUUUCCUGCACUCCUGAUACUGUCUCAUAUAGACAAAGAGAUCUGGGGUCUUUUCUCAUCCAGUAUAUUGUUGAGGUAUUUAACACCUUCGCGCAUAAGGAUGACAUUGAGGAACUCUUCAGAAGAGUCAUGCAACGCUUUGAAAAGUUCUCCCCUCGAACUAAAAGACAGAUGCCGACCAAAGACAGAUGCACUCUGAUAAAGCGCUUCUACUUCUUCCCACUUGACAAUAAGCCUCCGCUGUCUGUGCCCUCCACCCUGCCACUGCUGUAUGUGCCCUCCACCCAGCCUCCGCUGUCUGUGCCCUCCACCCUGCCACUGCUGUCUGUGCCCUCCACCCUGCCACUGCUGUCUGUGCCCUCCACCCAGCCUCCGCUGUCUGUGCCCUCCACCCAGCCACCACUCUCUGUGCCCUCCACCCAGCCACCACUCUCUGUGCCCUCCACCCAGCCACCACUCUCUGUGCCCUCCACCCAGCCACCACUCAACCUGUUCUCAUACACAACAGAAAUCCAAAUUCUUGAAGAUGGACCACUCACUCCUUCAUCUGCCCAGGAUCUAGACAUUAUUGUUGAUGAACAAGAGGAGCCAGUUUCACAAAGUCUGUCACAUGUAUCACAACAUCAACUGGGAGAACCUGUGGAUGAGACUGAUCUUCAGAACAUACAGAAAAAACUGGUCAGCAAAGUUGAUGAAAGCUUCUGUCCAACCAGCAACCAAAUAAAUGUAUGCAGGAAUAAUGUCUUGCUGUGUAGCCUGCGAGCAUUCAAACGUAGGAACUUCAACCCUGAAGCAAAAUUGAACGUUGUGUUUGUGGAUGAAGAUGGCAAUGGUGAAGGGGCAGUUGACGAAGGUGGGCCAACAAGAGAGUACCUAAGGCUGCUGAUGAGGGCCAUCCACCAGUCAAACAUCUUUGAGGGCCACGAGAAAGAUCGGCAGUUAUCUCUUGAUACUCAAGCUUUACAGACUAAUCUAUACACAUGGGUGGCAAAAAUGAUAGCUGUGUGUGUCGUUCAUGGAGGAGUUGGACCACAUUUCUUCUCUGAAAGGCUUUUCCAGCAGAUCUGUGGGAUACCAACAUCCCUCGCCAAUGUAGAUGAAGUUUGUGACCAUACCUUCAGGCAACAGUUAAUCAAAAUACAGGAAGCGACAACGGUCCAAGAGGCAAACAGUGCCAUUGCAGAGGCAGCAGACAGUCUCAGCAUUAUAGGUGCCUUGAGACAUGUCUCCAACCUGAAAGAGAAGGACUCCCUUGUCCAGUCUGCUGCAGACUUUUUUGUCGAUGGAAGGAUGCAGACUGCCCUGGACCAGUUUGUCGAGGGGUUUAGAACCCUAGGAUUACUGGAGGAGCUUAGAGAGAAUCCAGCAGUGUUCCGCAGCAUGUUCGUCAGUGAGGAGAGGCCACUGCAGGCGAAGGACCUCUUCUCUCUAUUUGGAGUUGACUACUCUGUGCAGGGCAGCAACAAAAGAGCCAAAGAAAACAGCACAAUAUGCUAUUGGCGUGACUGGCUCAUUGAUAUCGAAGAAGGAGAAUGCAGUCCAAUCACACUUGAGAAGGUACUGGAGUUUACCUCUGGAGCCUCAACAGUGCCUCCACUCGGAUUUCCACACCGUCCACAAAUUCACUUCAUCCACGAAGCCAACAGAGUGUUUCCAGAGGCCAACACCUGCCUCAUAAUCCUCCGCUUGCCCAUACAUAGUGAUUAUGAGGACUUCAGGAAAUACAUGGAGGAGGGCAUUCUGCAGGCCCCUACUUUUGGUGUUGCGUGAACAGUCUCUGAAAGCAAUAGUUCACCUACAACAUGUGUCUAUGCAUUUAUGUUGUUCUUGCUACUGUUCCACUGUCACAUGUGACACAAAGAACUUAAUACUGGAAUACUGUUCCACCAAAUAAACUGUUGCUGUGCAGAGUUUUGCAAUGUUUGUCAAAGUUUUAACUAUGAUUUCAAACAGGCAUUUUAUAAUGUUUACAAAAUUUACCAUGUUUACAUUCGGUACAACUCGUUGAGAGUUAAAUUAAGUGUAGAACUGAACCGAAAUAAAUGGAUUGUUUCAACCUAAACCAGGGGUGUCAAAGUCAUUUUCACUGAAGGCCAAUCAGUAUUAUGGUUGCCCUCAAAGGGCCAGUUGUAACUGUAAGAUGGUAUAAAUGUAACUACUCCUUAACAUAUUUUAAAUAACUGUCUCUGUAUUUGAUUAUUUAUUCAAUAUAUGAUUUACAAAAAUAGUAUAUGUAUUUGCAUAGAUGUAAAAAUAUAUGUAAGUGCAUUGCUUUUUGACUCACAGGCCAAGUUGA